CUUCGCUUAGCACUAAGGGGAUAUUUGAAUAUGUUGGCAUGCAAACCAGAGAUUUCUCACUGUGAUGAUUUUCAAUCUUUUCUUAACGAUAGCUCUAAAUCUAGGGAGUUAUCGUCUGAGGAACAAUAUGAUUACUGGCAACGGCUUGAACUCGAAAGACAGAGACUCGAAACGCAAGAAAAGUUCCAAGAGAGUACUGCGAAAGUGAUUUACUCGUUGGCACAAGAUUUUGAAAAGUUCAAAUCAAAGCUAAUUGAAGAGCCGCACCUGAUAAGUACUCUUUUCCAAGAACUUGAGUAUUGUGAGAAACGGGAAGCUGUAUCACCCAUAUUGCGGUCCUUCAUAGAUUGGUGUAAGCUCGAAAUUGCAGCUACCCUUUAUCAAGUGUUUCUUACUCAAGACAAUUCCAAUGAAUGGCUCGGAAAAUGCAGAAAGUUUCACCGAUUAUUUCCCUAUAAUGUCUGUUACGGGAUUUUAAAGUACACAAACCCCGUGAAUGUAAUGACUCGUUUAGUGGAUCUUCUCUUGAUGGACUUGCCUUCAUUUUCAUUCAAAUCCGGUACCAAUAAAGGUCCAAAUAGUUUGCUCUCGAUGGUGUUUGUGAUGUUGUUGGAUGAAGACUUGGAGAAUUAUGAUAAAGAAAGAGUCAAUUUGCUAAACUCAGAACCAUUGAAUGACCCACGCUACAAAUUUAUCAUUGACCGCAUUAACUAUUACGUAUACGAUCUCGAUGAUGAAAUUAAAGAGGAUCUCAAAGAUGAAGCCAAAACAGAAGGUGAGAAUUUGCUUUUAUUCUUCUUAAAAUCAAAGAGAGUUCUACCUGAAGUAACUGCUGAAAAUUUACCUUUUUUACAAAAGAUCACCGAAUCGUAUACGGCAUAUCAAAGUUUGAAAGAACAUAAGGAAGUUUCUGAGACCAAUGCAUAUAUUAACGUUCGUCAACUUUGGCAAUUGGAGACCAGAACAAAAGAUAAGAAUAAUAUGAAAAGAAUGUGGCAAGAACCCAGAAUUAACGCAGUUGAUCAAAAAGGUGCUCUCUAUGUUCUUCAAUCCCAUGAUGUCAGUCAUGAAAAAAUGUGA